UUCAAAUUGAGGCUACAAAGCUACUUCCUGGUUGAUCGACAUUCUUAAAAGAAACACAACAUGGCUGGAAAUGCACUGUAUUAUUUUAUUUUAGUAGGUUUCUUCAUUCUACAAACAAAACACAUAUUUGCUGCUUUUGAGAAUGUAGCCGUCGGGAAGACUGCAUAUCAGAGUUCCUACCUCGCUGGAGUACCUGCAGGAAACGCUGUGGAUGGCAACAUCUCUCAAUCAGAUGCAAGGUAUUCUAUCCUUACCAACGUUAACCAGCCAUAUACCUGGUGGGAGGUGGACCUGAGUCAAGAAUAUUUCAUUCACCAAGUUGUCAUCUACUUCAGGGCAGACUUUACGUGGAGGCGAAAUGGAAUCCAGGUAUACACAUCUUCGUCAGUACGGCAGGGUAAUGGAGGGACAUCUUGUGGUUUACAAAUCACAGGUAGAGAUGACGGAUCUGACAUUGACGACAUAACCACUAGAACAUGUGAUGUCACAGGAAGGUACGUGACGAUCUACCAAGACUACAACAAUCCUCAAGGUUCAACAGUUAUGGAUUUCUGUGAAGUUGUUGUAAAGGCAUGUCCACUUAACAAGUAUGGUUCUGACUGUGACAAGUUGUGUGCCGAUCGUAAAUGUGCUAGGAGUGGUUCACCCUGCAGUAUAUGGACAGGUACAUGUGACGGAGGAUGUCAAGAUGGAUGGAAGAACAAAGACUGCACAAUAGAUCUGGACGAGUGUGCCGAGAACAAUCCAUGUGCUGUCAAAGCGAAAUGCUCCAAUACUCGUGGAUCAUAUACAUGCACCUGUCUUAAUGGAUUUACUGGAACGAGACUCACAUGUCAAGAUGUAAACGAGUGUCAGACUGGAACGUUUCCAUGUGACACCAAUGCAGAUUGCAAAAAUACAGUUGGAUCUUAUACAUGUGGCUGCCGAGAUGGAUAUUCUGGAAAUGGAAAAACUUGUAACGAUAUAAACGAGUGUGAGACUGGAACGUAUCCAUGUGGCACCAAUGCAGUUUGUGGAAAUACAGUUGGAUCUUAUACAUGUACUUGCAAAGUUGGAUUUACCGGAGAUAGACACACCUGUACAGCAUGUGAGUCUGACGUCAAGUAUGGUUCUAACUGCAUCAGGUCUUGUUCAGAUCGGAAAUGCGCCACCACUAGUUCCACUUGUGAUGCAAAAACUGGAGCUUGUGAUGGAGCGUGUAAGCAGGGAUGGUGAGAAGUGGACUGUACUCAAGAUAUCAACGAGUGUGAACAGAAUCCAUGUGGUCUGAAUGGAAACUGCACUAACACAGCUGGAUCAUACACAUGUACUUGUCGAAGUGGAUAUUCUGGAGAUGGACACACUUGUGCAG